AUGGCGGAACAGGGUACGAUCUUGGAAACUGUCAUGCAUCUGCAAUGCCUAAGCAUCGAAACCUACAAGUUUGUGGGUUUGAAGCUGCUGGAAUUCACUGGCGCCCUGGAGGAGGUGGGCCUGUUCUUCUGUGUGUUGUCUGAGAAGAAGCAGGAAGGCUAUACCAGGCUGUUUCAGCUGCUGGAAGAUCAUUUCCAGUGUGGUUUUAUAUUGUUUACUAAGCCUUUAAAGCCAUUGAGAUGGGAGGGAGCCCUGAAGGCCAUGGAAGAUGCAUUGGAUCUGGAGAAGAGGCUAGAAAUGGUUCUUAGGAUUGUCUACUUUCAGGCUUCCGACUAUGAGCAAUCUGAUCUCUGUGAUUUCUUUAAGACUCACUUCCUGGAGGGAGAGCAGAAGGUCCUGGAGGAGAUGCAGGCCCACCUGGGCACUGUGCUCAGCCUGGAGGCCCAGCAGGAGCAAAGUCAGCACCUCCAGUUCUCCCUGCAGCCCAAGGACUAA